CCGCAAAUCACUUAAACGCCUCUUUAAGCUUUUCCACUUCCGGCCGGGGGCUCACCGGACCGCUCGCUCGCCUAAUUUUCAAAGCUGACUUUUUACUCUGUGCUAAUUUUAAGUAUUCCGUUUGAUCUCAAUUGUAAUCGCUCCUUUUUCAGUUCCUUAGAGUUAGAAUUUUGAGAAAUUUUGGGUGGCCUACGCGUGUGGUUUAGACGAAUAGCUUCGUGUCCUGCGUUCAAGUCUCUGUGAGCAGGAGGGUUUUUCCAAAGUGUUUUCAAGACGGUUUUUGGUUCGGUCUGUUCAUGCAGUAAAGGAUUUUUGAUCAUAUGAGCUCCACAAGGCGUGAAUAAUGAUAAGCCUGGUUCGGACGUUUUUUUAUUGUUCAUUUUACAUCACAUUAUGUUCGGCUGUCCCAUCUAGAAGCAGACAUCGAGUGGAAAGAGCACUAUACGGAAAUCUGAGACGGAACUUCAAUUGCGACUCGGAGGGCUUCCACUCGGAUCCAGAUGAUUGUACGACGUUCUACCGUUGCAUAGACUGGAGCAAGACCGACGAAAAUGCUCCCAGGAGCCGAUUCACCUCAUUCCAGUUCCAGUGUGGCCCCGGCACGGUUUUCGAACCGGAGAACGAGAGUUGCGUCCACCCACAAUUAUCCUCCCGGGACGAGUGUCGACAGUUACCCCCGCCAAUCGAAGCCGAGCCGGAGCCCGACAACUGGGGAAGUCAGUCCGAACCCCAGGGACCACCCCAGUCCCAGUACGGUGCUCCAUCGAACAACGACUACUACGGAAACCCGUCGAACCAGCAGGGAUCCUCGAACUACGGUCCCUCGAACUACGGAGAAGUCCCUUCGUCCCCAGGAUCAGAGCCGAGCAACAAUGUUGAUAAUUUAGAGGAAGGCGCAGCGCCGGAACCGCCCAUGCCCGUCCUCAACCUGCCGAAAUGCGAAUCUGAGGGGUUCUUCCCUAUCGAGGGCGAUUGCUCGCAUUUUUACCGAUGCGUCAAGAACGGCGAAAGCGAUAGGUACGACCAGUACGCCUUCACUUGUGGUGAGGGCACCGUCUUUGAUCCUGAAAACAACGUGUGUAACUACCCCUCAGCAGUUGGCAGAUCGGAUUGUAAAUCCUCGGGAAGUGAAUGGAAUAACAGUCCGGACAACUCUGGCUCGCAGCAACCUGAAGCGCCGUACGCGCCCCCUGGUGGCUAUAACAAUGGACAUGCCUCUCCUCCUCAGGCUCCUCCAUCUGAGAACAUCCCACCAUUUGAAGAUACUGACGAACGUCCGAUUGAGUUCCCUGGCUCGAACCAACCACCACCACCAAAUAAUGCAAAUCGACCACCACCAGCGGCUUACCCAAGUAGACCCUCGGAAACAUCAUCUGGAGGCCAGCCAGGAUAUCCGCCGCAAAAUAGACCGACACCAUCGUCUCCUGCACCUCCUCCACCGAGCACGCCCGCACCUGCAGCGUAUCCCAGUAGGCCUAGUUCAGAGGGCGGUUCUAAUUACGGACCUCCAUCACCAAGUAGCUCCCCUCCACGUCCAUCAAGCACCACCCCACGACCGUCCUACCCCAAUCAACCAAACCCGGUCAGCGGAGGUGGCUACCAACCCCCAGCACGUCCACCGCCGUCGUCUUCGCAAGUCAAACCAGGGAACACAACCAAGCAGUGCAAGGAAGAGGGCUUCCUCCCCGUCGAGGGAAACUGCACGAGAUUCAUAAGAUGUGUACCAAGAGGGAGCGGGUUCGCCGAGUAUGAUUUCGAAUGCGGGGAGGGAACCGUCUGGGACACCGAGCAAAACACUUGCAACUUCCCCGGAAGCGUGCAGCGGCCGGAUUGUGGACUGACGACUCCGUAUCGCCCUCCGACUUCAACCGAACCGUACAAUAGCUCAUCGGUCACCUAUCCCGACAAAGAGUCGAAACCAAGCCAGGGUGGAUCUUACUACUCGACGACAUCUACAACGAAAAAACCGACGACCAAACCGACGACAAAAGCUACAACGACUGCCAAACCGGCGUAUCCAACUAGACCAAGUGGUGGUGGUGGUGGCUCUGGUUACGGACCUCCCGCUGUGACUUCUCCCGAGAGACCAAAAACCACAACCACAACUACGACCACAUCACGGCCUACUUAUCCAUCCAAUCAAAAUCCCAAUGCAGGAGGUGGAUAUGGACCUGUCUCAACAACGACUACAACUCGCUCGCCAAGUACAACAACGAAACCAGUGUACACAACGAGCUCCAGUUACAAACCUCCGACAACAACGACCCAAAAACCAAGUACCACAGCACGCCCAGCUUAUCCGACGCAACCGUCGAACUCAAACGGGGCGAAUCCCAGUUACGGAUCUGCAGCUCCAUCUGAACCAAACAGCGCUUCCAGCACUUGCACGAGCGAAGGUUUCUUCCCGGUACCCGAGGACUGCAGUAAGUUCAUUAGAUGCGUUAGUAACGGUGAAGGAUUUACAAAGUACGAGUUUGAUUGUGGCCCUGGCACUGUGUGGGACCCCGUAAACAGCGUUUGUAACCAUCCAUCGGCGGUCGAGAACUGCGGGCAAAUGCCUGUCGAGACAAACCCACAGCCUGAAACUCCUAACAAUUCGACCACAACGUCAUCAACCACUCCCGCACAACAACCAUAUCCAGAUAGGUAUCCGACAAGACCAGCAGGUUCAACUGGUGCUCCGGCUUACGGUCAGACCAGUCCCACGCAGCAAUCAUACCCAGACAAGUAUCCGACCAGACCAGCCGGAUCAACUAGUGCUCCAUCAUAUGGUCAAACCACCGGUCGCCCUCAGGGAACAACCACCAAGCCACCCCAGACAACCACCAAAUACACUAAAACAACAACCGCGAAACCAUACCCGACGGAGCCUUCAACCAGCCCGAAACCUGUGAACGGUUCAACCACUCCUAAACCAUGCAACGACACAACGAAAGCCCCGGGUCCAAUCAAGUGCGAGAAGGCUGGAUUCUUCCCUCACCCCACUGACUGCAAGAAAUUCUACAGGUGUGUGGACUGGGAUGGCGAUAAAGGAGAAAGAUUCUCAGUAUUCUUUUUUGAUUGUCCCAAUGGAACCAUAUUUGAUCCGGCGCUAGACACUUGCAAUUAUGAAGCCUCCGUAUACCCACCCAGAGAUUGCAAUCAAGGAAAUCAGACAACAGAGGAGGGGACAACCAAAAAACCGUAUCAGCCAACAACUCAACAACCGACUUCUGAGUAUACUAAUGGCACUACAGGAUAUUCGACCGAGUCCACUACAACGCGAGAGCCGUAUACCACAAGAGAAUCAAGCACGUAUUACAGCACGAGUGAGGGAACGACAGAAAGCUCUACGGAAUAUAGUUCAACGAAAGCAACCGAGUAUUCAACUGUCAGCAGUACCCCGUACGAUGAACAGACUGAGCCUACCUCUGAAUCUAGCAGUUACAGCUCAACCUCUACAGAGAGUGUGACUGAGUCUAGCACGUACAGUUCAACGUAUCCGGAUUACGGAUCCUCCAGCACGUACAACCCAACAUCCCCCACCGAGUCAAGCACGUAUUCUUCCACCGGAUACACCACGGAUAUUUAUACCACUGAAAGAACUACCGAGUACGGAAGCACGACUGAAACAAGCACAGAGCGUGUCAACCAAACGUGUCCUGAUCUGAAAGAAAAUCAGUUCGCGAUCGCGUGUCCCUCUGGAUUCAGGAGGCAUCCUAAAAGUUGCGGGAUGUUCUACCAGUGCACCAUUGCUGAGAGCUCUGAAAUCAAAGUUGUAGUCUUCUCCUGCCCCGAGGGCACGAUCUUCGACGACGCCAAAGUCCAGUGUUUGGAAAUCGAUCAAACAGAUGAAUGCUCCGGUGAUAGUGGAUCUCGGCUCUUGAAAGCAGUAACAGACGGCUCAUUACCUCCGAUUCAAAUAACAUCGAAAAAAGAGUUGUGCCCGACUGAAGGUAACCACCCGUAUGAAAAUGAUUGUCAGCUCUUUUACAAAUGCAAGAAAGACAGCACCGGAUCGACUAAUGGUUAUCUCUACCAGUGUCCUGAAGGAUACUCGUACUGGGAUGUGUCGAAGAGGUGCGAGAAAACCACAAAAAUGCCUAGCUGUGAUCGAGGUAACGCGUUGAUGAAGAACGAUUGGAGGCCAACACUCGCUCCGUUGGAAACUGGAAACAUUGGCUCCUGAUCCAGAUCCAAAUAGGCCAAAACUAUCCUACUAAGUCUUCCUUGAUGCUCAAAUGGCCCUUUUGGGACUUGUCAGAACUCUAGAGAAGUGGGUUCCCACAAAUGUCUUCCCCACCGCAAUAUUUUCUGUGGAAUGGAAUCUCUUUUUUAAAGUUCUACAAUAAGCUGCAAUAUGCUUGCGAGACCCGAAGGGGGUCUCCAGGCGCGAGAGGAUGUCUCUUGUCUUCCGUUUAAUUUAUUUCGUACCUAUCGAUGGUGCCAACUAUUUGUAAAUAUCUUAUGAUUAUAUUUAUUUUUUUUUCUGCCGACCGUUCAAAAAAGUUACUUCUUUCAUGCAUU